UGUUUUUUACCUUUCUUAAAAAAUAUUCUGUUGUUUUCUGCUCAAGAUAGUUUAGAUGUUAAAUUUUCCACCACCAUCAUCAUCAUCAUAUUCACCGCAUUCAUCAUUCUCAGAAACAGCAACAAAGUCUACAUCAAUCACAUAAUAACAGUAAGUAACUAACAAUAAACACAAACAAAAACACAAAGAACACAAAGAAGAGCAGCUUCAACAAUAACAACAGCAACUACUAUAACAACAACAACCCUAAGAAAAACAAAAGAGAAAGACAUCUAAUUGUGGAACUGAAGCAACAAAUAAAUAUUUGAGAACGAGAAGAAAUAGAAGAAGAGUAGGAGUAGGAGGAGAAGUCUGAGGAGGAGAGAAAGAGAGAGAAAAAAAUAGGGGUUGUGGAAUUCUUUGAAAUAGUGAAGAAAAAGUCUGGAAACAUUAAGCCUGUGUGAGUUAGCAGUUCGUCCAAGAGUUACAAAAUGAGAGAGUGUAUCAGUAUCCACGUUGGACAGGCUGGAGUCCAGAUUGGUAACGCCUGCUGGGAACUCUAUUGUCUGGAACACGGAAUUCAACCGAAUGGCCAGAUGCCAGUCGAUACGUUUAUACCUGGAGGUGAUGAUUCCUUCAACACGUUUUUCCGUGAAACUGGUGCAGGAAAACACGUCCCUCGGGCUGUAUUUGUAGAUUUGGAACCAACAGUUGUCGAUGAGGUCCGUACCGGUCAGUACAGACAACUGUUCCACCCUGAACAACUCAUCACAGGAAAGGAAGAUGCAGCCAAUAACUACGCCAGAGGUCAUUAUACCAUUGGCAAAGAAAUUGUUGAUUUGGUUAUCGACCGAAUUCGCAAGCUGGCUGACCAAUGCACCGGACUUCAAGGUUUCCUCCUGUUUCACAGUUUCGGUGGUGGUACUGGUUCCGGAUUCACAUCUCUUCUUAUGGAACGUCUCAGUGUUGACUAUGGAAAGAAGUCUAAACUGGAAUUCUCCAUCUAUCCUGCCCCUCAAGUUUCAACUGCUGUUGUAGAACCAUACAAUUCUAUCCUGACCACCCAUACCACUCUUGAGCACUCUGAUUGUGCUUUCAUGGUUGAUAAUGAAGCCAUCUAUGAUAUCUGCCGAAGAAAUCUUGAUAUUGAUCGUCCCAGCUACACUAACUUAAACCGUUUAAUUGCUCAAGUUGUCAGUUCAAUCACUGCCUCUUUGAGGUUCGAUGGUGCUCUUAACGUUGAUCUGACUGAGUUUCAGACCAACUUGGUACCUUAUCCUAGGAUCCAUUUCCCAUUGGCUACUUAUGCACCAAUCAUUUCUGCUGAGAAAGCCUAUCAUGAACAACUGACUGUAGCUGAGAUUACAAACGCAUGUUUUGAACCAUCAAACCAGAUGGUUAAGUGUGACCCACGUCAUGGGAAAUACAUGGCCUGCUGUAUGUUGUAUCGUGGUGAUGUUGUACCAAAAGAUGUCAAUGCUGCCAUUGCAACUAUCAAGACAAAGAGGUCAAUCCAGUUUGUUGACUGGUGUCCAACUGGCUUCAAGGUUGGUAUCAAUUACCAACCACCAACUGUUGUUCCAGGAGGUGACCUUGCAACAGUCCAACGUGCCGUGUGCAUGUUGAGCAACACCACAGCAAUUGCUGAAGCUUGGGCUCGUCUUGAUCACAAGUUUGAUCUGAUGUAUGCCAAGCGUGCUUUCGUUCACUGGUAUGUGGGAGAAGGUAUGGAAGAAGGUGAGUUUUCUGAAGCUCGUGAGGAUUUGGCAGCUCUGGAGAAGGACUAUGAAGAGGUUGGAAUAGACUCUCCAGAUGUUGAAGAAGAAGAACAAGAAGAAUACUAAAUAAACACCAGAAGCCAUGCAUCGUGCCGUCGAGGGGUUUUGUUAAACUUAAGUGGAAACAACAAAAACUAUUUUUUAGACAAAUAUAACUUUUAUGGAAUUUCCAUAUCAUCAUAGAACUGUUAUUGCGGAGCUGUUACUAUUGAAAUGUCAUCAUACUGCUAUAAACUCAGAAAUGUCUGCAUGCGGCUCUGUCAUAAUAACGUCAUCAAAGACUAUCAUUUUCCAAUUGUCGUCACAGAGAAUUCAUCAUUUCUUUGCCAUUGUACUGUCACAACUGAGCUGUAGCAGUACAAUGCUUUCAUAUCAAAGAGCUAUCGUGUAAAAAGUGUCAUAACAUAGCUAUCAUGACGGCUCUGUUAUCACAGAGUUGACAUAUGUAACAGCACUGUCAUUACAGAACCGUCAAACUAAGAAGCCUUAUCACACGGCUGUCACUGUCAUGACAGAGUUGUCAUAACUAAUAGCUGUCAUGACAGAGCUGCCGUGCUAAUAAGUGCCAACACAUGACUAUCAUACCGCCACUGUCGUGACAGGGUUGUCAUAACUAACAACACUGUCAUCACAACUGACGUUAGAAUUCUAAUUUCAGAAAUGUCAGCAUGAAGCUGUUACCAUAAUGAUUCCAUGGCUCAGCAAUCACUGAAAAGCUGAUAUUACAAAGCUGUCAUAACAAAACUGCUAUCACAGGGAUGUUAUAACAGAAGUGUUAUGUCACUGCUGUCUUCACGAAGCUCUCAUUAUAGAGCAACUAUUACAAUGGUGACAUGACAGAGUUGUGUGAGGAGUAUGUAUGCCAUAAAAUGUUCAGGCUCGUAUCCAUAUCGACUUUCAGAAAGGCAGCCCUUUGAGCCGUGAAGGCAAUAAUCUUCAUAAUCUCGUUCGAAAUCGAAGCCCAUAUCUAUAAACAUAGCUACUACUACUACUACUACUACUACUACUACUACUACUACAGUUGGGGACAAGAGAGUCAAUACUAAACAACGAUCUUUCCGAGUUCGGGCAUUGAAAACUAAAGGAAAGAAUUCAAAGAAUCUCUAUAUUUGGAAAAUAACAUUGUUUUGAAAAUGAAUGUUAUAAUUAGCAAUAUUCAAAAAAGAAAGGGAAAUGUUCGUAAAUAGAAAUCUAUUAGACCAGUUAUCAUGUUAAAAGUUGAUAGAAGAUUUUGAUAUGUUCUAUAACAGUUUUUUAUCAUGUGUCUGCUCGAUCAGAAGUGGUUUGGGGUUAAAAAAAAUAAUAACAGCAAACUCCUCGAGAGAACCUCUAGCAGCCAAAUUUUCCUCAAAUCCCACUACAUUGUAUUAGGAAACGAAAGGACCAUUAGAUAAUCAGGGUGCUGUUUGUCAUAACUAUACUUGAUCGAGGUUUACUUAGAGCUAAGCAACAACAAAAUACGCGUGACUAUCUGAGUGGUCGUUUGAUCUGUUGGAAAUGGUCACCAAGACCUUCCUCAUACCGCAUCCUACCGACUUAAAAAAGGGAGGACAAGUCUGAAAACUACUAUGAGAUGCAUGGUGCCUUAAGAUUUAAAACUUCUUCAUGUUCUGUAAGUAGGGCAGGUUAGCUAAUCUCACUGAGAUUAUCCUACCCUUGUGCUAUUUAUACCCAUACAACACAUUGUUAUUGUUUCGUUCCAUGUUAACCUUAAUCGAGAAAAUAUAAUUAUGAGCAUCUCAGCCAUGAUUUUUUUACAGAUAACAUGGACGUAAACUAUAUUAUACAAUGAGACCACUUUUUAAGUCGGUUGAGUGUGACCCGAGGAGGAUUUGGCUGCUAUUCUUAAUAGGUCUAGCGAACAUGAAAAGACUUUUGGAAGCCAGUGAAAAUGUCGUGAACUUUACAGAAGUGUAGCAGCUCAACAGCUGCGAACUGUUCCUAGUUACAGCUAAGCGGAAAUAUUCUUUUCCCUUAGGAGAAACCACAAUCAAUCGAUUAGUUAAUUACUUAAUUUGUUAACUAGUUGACAAGUAAUAAUAAAAGAAUCAAAAUAUUAGUGCUGUAUGCGUUUUAUUGAUAAAAUGGCGCUCCCAAGGUACUUAUGUUUCAAGACACGAUUGCACAUCAGUAAUAUUGCUAAGCAAAUACAAAGACGAGAUAGGUAGAAAUGAUUAGUGAGAUUUUUUUUUUUCUUUUUUAAUGUUUGGGUCUCGGUAAGAAAGGUCAUUUGCUGCAUGAAAAGCAAAGUGAAUGCUAGCAUACUGAUUCAAACUCCAUUAAAUUAAAAUUUUGGAGUUGCUUCCCCUGUUUCUUAGACUGAAUUGUAUCUUGGGUGUAAUAUUUCAUGGUUUACUAUAUCAUGUAAGGUAGUACCCUUUUGAGAGCUAGAUGUGUUAAGCAAUUCUACAGUGCAGUGCGGAUGACUAGAAUCCAUUCAGCCAUUCAUGGCUCUCAAAAUUCCUGCUUAAACUGAGAUAAAGUUUUAGAUUUCAUAGUUUGGGGCCGCUACAGAAUGUUGUUGUCUGUUUUUGUUUUGUUUCAUUUUCUUGCUCGAAACAUCGACUUAAUCACUGCAAUAUAUGAUAAAUAAAAUAAACAGGAAAACUCUAAUUAAACAAUGCGUAAUUAAUUAAUUUGUACGAGGUUAUAAAUACGGGAAUGAGCUGUUGAGAGUGCUGCAAGUGUGGUAGCGUAUUUGAUUAAAGGCUCCCCCCGCCCUACCCCUCCUUCAAAGCAAACUUUUCACUUGAUAUAAAGCCAAGUCUCGCAAGGAACUCGCUCCUUGUUUUUUUUUUGUUUUUUUGUUUUUUUACCUCAUGCUUUUCUUUCUCGUUAUGUCAUGUCCAUGCUUAUAUCAAACAUACAAAUAUGUUCAAUAAAUAAUGAUAUUUUUGUCUGUAUACAUGAAAAUUGUUUUUACAAUAAAAAAAAUUGGUUUUCUUUUUUUUUUGUUUUUUAACAUUUUUUUUAAAAAUAAAUUCACAUAAAAUAAAGUGGGGGUAAACUACUAUUAAAUAAUAGGAAAAUUUCAGGAAUUAAAAUUUCCAUUUGUGAUAUUGUGGAGAAUAUUGCACGCAUCUAAACAAUAUAAUCACAACAAACAUCUUUUGAAUAAAAUUUGGUCUUUUUGUUUA